CGGAUGAUGCCGCGGCGGGGGGCGGCGGGUCCUCGCCGCCGCCGGCGCCCGGCGCCCCUCAACGAGGACAACGGGCGGUUCCUGCUGCUGGCCGCCCUCAUCGCGGCGUACCUGAGCGCCGGCGCCACCGUCUUCUCGGCCCUCGAGAGCCCGUCGGAGGCGGCGGCGCAGCUGCGCUGGAACCGGACCCUGCACAACUUCAGCCGCAUCUUCAACAUCAGCCUGCCCGAGCUGCGCGCCUUCCUGCGGAGCUACGAGGCGGCCAUGGCCGCGGGCAUCCGCGUCGACGCCCUGCGGCCCCGCUGGGACUUCCCCGGAGCCUUCUACUUCGUGGGCACCGUCGUCUCCACCAUAGGUUUUGGAAUGACCACACCAGCAACAGUGGCUGGAAAAGUAUUCCUCAUCGUUUACGGUCUUUUUGGGUGUGCUGGGACUAUCCUCUUCUUCAACCUCUUCCUGGAGCGCAUUAUCUCCCUCCUGGCGUUCAUCAUGAAGGCUUGUCACGAGAGACAGCUGCGUAGAAGUGGUCUCCUACCUCCCAAUUUCCGAAGAGGGUCAGCGAUGUCUGGGGUGGGCAGCCUCAUUGGCUGGAAGCCAUCCGUUUAUCACGUGAUGCUCAUUCUGGGAAUUUUUGCCAUCACGCUUUCGUGCUGUGCUUCUGCGAUGUACACAUUGGUGGAAGGGUGGAACUACGUCGACUCCUUGUACUACUGUUUUGUCACCUUUAGCACCAUCGGCUUUGGAGAUUUGGUAAGCAGCCAAAACGCUGUGUACCAAAAUCAGGGAUUAUACAGAUUCGGAAACUUCAUCUUUAUAUUAAUGGGGGUAUGUUGCAUAUACUCUCUUUUUAACGUCAUCUCAAUUGUAAUCAAACAACUCUUGAACUGGGUGUUGAAAAAAUUCAGAUGCAGAUGUUGCCCAAAGUGCCAUAAGUCAAGUACCCGCCUUGGGCGUCGCAACGCCAUCACCCCGGGAGCCCGCCUGCGCCGGCACAAAAUCUCCCUGGAGGCCGACGGGCAGUACGACAGUGACACUGAUGGCAGGAGGCUCUCUGGAGAGAUGAUCUCCAUGAGGGAGCUCACGGCGUCCAACAAGGUCUCUCUGGCUAUUUUGCAAAAGCAGCUGUACGAGACAGCCAAUGGCUACCCGAGGAACGUUUGUAUCAAUACGAGGCAGAACGGGUUCUCCGCAGGGGUGGGUGCUCUAGCCAUCAUGAACAACCGCUUGGCAGAAACCAGUGACUCUAGGUAGAGUUUUUGAAAUUCUUUUUGUUUCUUUGAUAAAAAUAAAACGACGAUUUCAGGUGGAAUUAUCGCUGCAAAUUACGGUAAAGUUUUAUGUUCAAGAGCAGACUCAGUAUUCAUCGGGCGUUUGGCAGUUUGUUUUCUUGGGUUUUUAUGUCUUCUCUAAUAUGCAGUAACAUCUCUACCGCAAUGUCACAGUUCUCCCCAGGGGGGGGUUUGUGAGGGACUUGGAUGUCUUUGAUGCAGAAUCUGAUGCGUUUUCAGAAGAAUGGUGUAUGAUGUUACAGCGGUGUCAAAACCAACGUCUUACACAGCAAAUAGCCUGAACUGAAACUCUGGGUUAGAAUGCAUUCCUAGCAAGGUCAGUUCCAGAUUCAAACUUGGGGGAUUAAGGGUUGUCUAAACCCAUAUCUCACUGUUUGUUGGAGUCUGGAUCUGGCCCUGAAUUUUGCACUUGAUGCUCUUGCCAAUUUGUCAUACCAGGCCUGUAUAUAACAUACACAUAGGUGACUGCAGUUACACCAGCCUUAGGGUGAUCGUGCUUCACUUGAAUAAUCCUGUUGACCUCAAUGGAAAAGAAUCAAAUUGACUGAAUCCCCCUGUCUAUGAACAAUUUUUUUUCAGCCAGUCUUGUCUGAAACACCUUGCGCUACCUAACUCUUAAAAGUCAGGAGGUUUUAAGUCAUAAGAAGCACGCUGAAACAUGCACGGCUAUUCCUCCCCACAGAAUAACCUGAAAACAUGCAAGAGAAGCCAGCAUUCAUCUCUGGUGUCAAAUGUUUGCAUUUCCAGUGAAAUGUAAGUUAAACUGUUUAUUAAUGAUGUUACUUUUACAUGAAAAUGAUCUGCUAAAAUGAAUGUGGGCUCUCUGUUGUCAUAAAUCUUCCACAGUACUGUUGCAGAGGAUCUUGCAAAUAAUUUAACUGCAGUUUUCCAUAGGCCCCAACAGUACUUGUUUUCCACAAACCUGACUAAAAGCUGUAUGAAAUAGAUUUUUGGAGCAAAACUCGGAAGGAUUUUGUAGGUCCUCCAGAAGCCAAUUUCCUCCAAAAUGAUUAUAUUAAAUCAUGAAUUGGCCUAGGGUUGUUGCUACUGUUUUAGCUCAUAUUUAAUGGUGCUAGCCCAAACUGCUGAAGGAGCAUCUUCAACAAACCUGGUCUAAGUGUGUGUUUCAGCAUGAUGGAUGGAUGCAGAGGAACUCCUGCAAAGCUCUAUUAUGAAUAUUUGCAAUGUUCUAGAUCAUUUCUUUAAUUUCUGUUUCUGUACCAGUCUUUUAAGGCUGUAAGGAAUAAAGUCUUCUCCAGAUUUCAGCAAGAAAUACCACUUAAGGCUGAAGUCUUAGAAGCCACAAUGGUCUGGAAAACCUCUUGGAUAGUUAUAGGCAAGAUGAUGACUACUGGUUUGAUUGCUGGGGAAAGAAUAUGAAAAAACUGAUGGAAGAGGACUAGGAAUGUUAGAAACGUUCGAAAAUACAUCUGUGAAGUUUCAUAUGGAUAAUGCGUUAGUUUGUUUUGCGUAUGUUUGGGGUCUCCCUCAUUUUCUUUCCUUUUAACUUGGAGGAGCGCACAACAUUUCAGAAUUUAACCUUGGGGAAUUAAUUAAUUCGAGGAUUUGCACACUUGAGACUGCCAGCUGAAGGGUGGCAGUGAUUGCAUCUUUUGUCUAAAGGAGAAGGGAUCAGAGCAUCCAAUAGGCCAUCACAUGUGGCUCUUACACCACAAAUGUAGUCACAGUUUUGUGAAGACGCAUCUGGCCAGAAACGCUCCGUGAUGUUUGCAUUCUCUAUCUACCUGAUACAGAGCUUACAAGUAUUUGGUAUGGCAAAGGCUGCAGUCAAGCAGCCUUUAUUUGGCAGGAGCUUCCCUGGUUGCAGAGACCCCCAAAGCUGCAUGGGUUUAUGUGUGCACUCCAUUUCAGCUGCUGCAUUUGAGUGUCAGUUGACGAGCUUGUUCAUUAAGAGCAUGUAUAUAUAGCACACUGCUUUCUUUGAAGCUAGACCUCCCUUAGGAUCGUAUCGUGGUUCCUUUGCCAUCGCUGGGACUGUUGCUCGUUGAGCAGACCCUGCUGUGUGAAGUGCUGCAUAAGUAGAGGCAGGUGGGCUUUAUUGCAGCAGAAUUGCUUAGGUUUAUAGUAGUAAAAAUGAGUUCAAAUGCAUUAACGUUCUGGGAGCUCAAGAGCUACAUCUUUAUGAUAACAAAAUUGCAAAUUAAGGGGUUUUAUUUUUUCAGUAAGUUGUUUUUAAAGGAUAAAUGUUAUAACUGUGAUUAGGGUUUUGUUUAAAUGUUUGUAAAUCGUUUUCAAACUACCUACUCCUGCCUAGGAGAUGUGAAGUAACAUGAAAUUGCCACGUACACCUCCUCCAGCCAUUUCUGCACUUCUUCCGAGCCCAAUCAAAGGCAGACACACACUCUGUGAUUUACAUGUUUCUGGCUCUGAUUGCCUUUGUCUGAUCUGGAUGCUGGCCUGGACCCCUGAGCACUGCAGGACACUUUGCAGAACCUGCUGACAUUACGGGGAGAUGGAUUGGCUCUUAGAUCUGGGCUCCUCGAGGGCUUUGGGCAACUGAUCACUACUCUGUGCGCUUACGUGCAAUGUCUCAUUACUCCUGAGAUCCUUGAAAACCUCCCUUCCGCUUCUCCUUAGCCUCAGAGGGAUGUAAAGAAAGCACAUGCCCUAAUUUCUGCCAAGGCCCUAUUUCUUGCAGCGCACGUUUACCCACGUACUGACGUGACUCAACCACAGGGCUCCCCAGAUUGUGUCUAAGCCCCAUAAAAAUCCCUAACCCGCUCUGGCCCAUCAAGCCCAGUUCCUGACAGGGUUCAGAGCCUGGCUAAUGCACUGGGUCUCACUCAUAGGAAGGAGUGAUCUUAUGCUUCCCUCAUAGUCAGUAGUAUUUUUCAGGGAUGCAUGAAAACCAAGCUCCAUAUCCCUGCUCUUCUGCUGAUGCACUUCCUGGGCAUUCAUUGCCUGUGUGCAUGAGUCUGCAAGCCAGGAGGACAUGGGGGACUUGGAACCAGUCCUUCGUAGUCCCUCCUGCUCUUCAGCUUUCUUAGGGAAUCUUCUCUUAAAACUUGUAAUGCUUGGGCAUCCUAACUCCUCCCCUCUUAUAUUGCGUGUGGUUCAACUCAGAAUACCCCAGGGCAGACUGUUCCUUUUGUGAAUUAAACCCUAAAUGUGCACUAGGUGCACCAAGUAGAAUUCCUCCUGGUAUUUCUUUGCAGACAAAGCAGAUACCUGCAAUACCCAGGCACAGACUGAAGCACAAGAAAUGAGAAAGAAGCUGAAAGAAUAGAAUGGAAAAGUGAAAGCACACUGCACUAGACUGCACUUUCUUUUCAGGUAACUUUGGAUUUAUAUUAGUCUUGAAUAUUUUUUUCCAGGUUCUAUUUUGGACAGCCAAAAAGUUAGCUUAGGAUCGGAUAGUUCAUCUUUCCUUAUUCGCUCCUCCCAUCUGCCUGCUGCCUCACACCCAGACAGUUCCAUUGCCUGAUGAUUAGCUGUACAGGCAGCAGAAACUCAAACAGGUGUCUGUGCCCCAAAUUGGGCUAUAUUUUUUGAGUGGAGGAUGUGUAGCCAGGGCCACUGGCUUGGUAUAAACCCGAUGGCCUGUGGGGUAAAGUGGUAACUACACAGAAACAACCCAUUGCAGUGAGACCAUUCUUAACGUUUUUUUUUUUUCCUAUCUUUUUCUCUUGAAAAAAUAGUGACUAAUUAUUUAAACAGUGAAUGUUCAGCACUAAUUUAACAGUCAUACUUACUGCGGUGCUGUUUGCUAGGGAAAUUUACAGAUAAUGACUUCUGCUCUCACUGGAUUACUAAUGUUCCUUUCCAAACCAACAAACAUCUUCAAUAUUGUAUUUAAAUCAUACAGUAAAAGUUACUUUAUGUAGUAAAUUCAGUUAGAGCACAAAUACUUGACUCUCGCAGGAUAACUAAUGAAAUGUGCAGUGUGCAGUGUACAACCCAUGUGUAAACCCUCAGCCUUUGUGCCCGUUGGGUUUGUUCCUUACAACCAUGGAAUGGCUUGGGUUGGAAGGGACCGUACAGAUCAGCUGGCUCCAAGCCCCCUGCCUUGGGAAAGAACAGGCCAGAUGGCUGUGGAUACUGGCAAUGUAGGACGGGAAUGAAAAUAGCAAAUGUACCUGCACUGAGGUACACUGCCACCUGUUGACCCCUUUUACUUCCUAAGCCUUGAGAUGGUCACACUUGCAGUGCUCCUGCUGUAUCCAGAAGAAUGGGAAGUGUAGCACAGGAGAGAAUCUGAGGUAUUUUCCAAAUAAUCCAGGGGGAAAAAAAAAGCAGACUUACUUUGCUUUCAGUGCAAACAUGCAUCGUGUUCCGUCAUAAAACUGCAGACAACGCCACAGCCCGAAGUUGCUCCUGAUGUGUCACAGGCUCGUGUGGAUCAUUCAGAGACUAACUGUGUGAGAUGCAGAGGAAAGGCAGAGGGCCACACACUGAAGUAUGCUGUGCUCCAUCCAGCAGGUGAGCACUGCAGGGCCGAUCUGGGGAAGACGAUGACCACGCGUACUGCUGAAAAGGGCAGCCACGCUGCUCCGUGCCUCGGAUGAGCAAUAUGCUAGGUACUCUGCAGGACUGGAUUUCAGCACCUCCACUCCCCUUCAGUCCCAGCAUCCACACCACACUCAGGCAGGGGCCAGCCAGCUCCCAGCCUGCUCCAAGUAUGGGGCACGAGGACACCGGUGGGUUCUGAGGUGUGCAGCAUCACAGCCCAAGUGCUUUUGGGAUCAGGCCCUGUGGCAGCUGAUGCUUUGUCAGAUCUUCUAAGAAAUGCAAAAUAAGACGUUCCUGUGACCCCCUUGCAUUUUACAAACUGGAAGGUUGCUUUUUAAAGGCAGCAAGUCGAUCCAAAAUAACUGCUAAUGGAACAACACAUAAUCACGGAUAAUUUGGGCAUUGUGCAAUUCAAACACUAAGUGUGUUCUCAGUGGCUGUCACCUCCUAAUUUCUGUAUUAGGGAAUCAGUUGUAGUCCCUGGAAGUAAAACACGUCUGGUGGUGGGCAAUAAUUCAUCUCUCAUUUCACGGUAAAAUCCUCAGCAGCAAAAACCACAAGAGCUGAAAAAUAUUUUGGGGCUUUUUGUUGCGUACGCAGAUACUGUUUAUUUACCAAAAACCAAGCUGACCCUUUACUUACACAGACGCACAAACCUUCAGCUUACUGGGAGGUAUCUUUCUGCAUGCUCUUUGCAAAAGUAAUAGCUGCACAUUUCAAGCCAUUUCAAAAGGACUCGAGUGAAAAAAGAAUAUGUCUGCUCAAAGGUAUUCCUGUUUAAUUCUUGUUUAUUCUUACAGGCGCACAGCUUGAUAGGUCUCUUUAACUGAGCUGCUGUUAUUUGUUAUGAUGAACAUCAGAGGAACUUUGCUGUUAGUUCCCCUGGGUUUGAUGUUUGCUGACUGCUGUGUUUCACUGUGUGAACUGGGGAAGGAAUGCCCCAUCCAUGCUGGUUUCCAGGUGGCAUCACUUACCCCUUUGCAUUCAUUGCAGACGUAAAUUCCUGUAAUUGGUUGAUUAGGAAGUACUGAUAUUUGUUCUCCUUGAGAUGAUGCUUCCCAGCAAAACAAUACACUGAAGUAAGCUUGAAGAUUGAAGACUGUUUAAACAAUUGACGUUUUAAAAAUGAUUUAAUUCUGGGUUGACAUCCAGCACACCCAGUAAUUGUGAGUGCUUUUAUCAAUCACCCAGCUGAUUUUCAGUGUCAGCUCAGGAUUUUCCCAGGAUAAGAUCUCUGAGCGCAGAGGACUAAAGCCAUACUCAGCUCACUGAACGCAGAUCUACUGGUAUGUUAUAUACAGCUUGCCACCAAAUGGAGCAGAUGUGUUCGGCUCCCUUCAUACAUAGGGCAGCAGGUUGGAAAUGGCGCUGGGAUCGUUGCCGUGAAGCUCUUACAAAGACUCUUGAAAUAAACAGGAGAAAACAUUGCCUGGA